UCACUCUAAAAGUUAAAACAAGAAUAAAGUAAAACACCAACCAAACAUAUUAUAUGGGACAAUCUUUAUUUAUUCUUCUUUAAUAUUAGGCUUUACCACACUCUUUACCAUAUUAUAUUUAUUGCUCACUCCAUCAUCAUCUUCGAAUCCUUACUAUUAUUCUUUUCCUCAUCUUUCUUGAAACUCCUUUGGUUCUCUCUUGUACUUUAAACUACAUAUAAUAAUAUAUAUAAACUCAUUUUUCCUUAAUUCCGAAAUCCAAAUUAAUAUUUGAUUUGUUUUAAAAAGAAAAAGAAGAAGAAGAAGAAGAAGAAGAAGAUGAUAUGGGAAACCUGUUCUCCAUACUAAGUAGAGAGAAGAAGAGUUCAUCAUCAAAUUCCAGAAGAAGCCAUAAAAGUAUUGAAAAGAGUACUAAUAAUGGAAAUAGUAUUGGUUUAGGGCGUAAGAGCUCUAAUUCUUCUAACUCUAAAGCUUAUAGCUUUUUGGGAUCAACUUCGUCCAUUAGCAAUAAAAGUAAGAAAAAAUAUGGCUUCAUUCCUGACACUUUCACUUCUCUUCCUCAGGUUACAGAAGCUCUGAGAAAAGAAGGCCUAGAAUCAUCAAAUCUCAUUCUUGGAAUUGAUUUUACCAAAAGCAAUGAAUGGACAGGGAAAGUUUCGUUUAAGAACCAAAGCCUGCACGCAAUUAGUCAUACACCAAAUCCAUAUGAAAAGGCCAUCACCAUCAUUGGAAAAACUCUGGCUCCCUUUGAUGAAGACAAUUUAAUUCCUUGUUUCGGUUUCGGUGAUGCAACUACUCAUGAUGAAGAAGUGUUUAGCUUCCACAGUGACCAUUCACCUUGCCAUGGUUUCGAAGAAGUCUUGUCCUGCUACAGAAAAAUAGUUCCCAACUUACGACUUUCGGGGCCAACUUCUUAUGGUCCGGUUGUGGAUGCGGCUGUAGACAUUGUGGAGAAAAGUGGUGGCCAAUACCAUGUAUUGGUUAUCAUUGCAGAUGGCCAGGUUACAAGAAGUAUGGACACCAGUGACAGUGAAUUGAGUCCACAGGAGAAGGAAACAAUAAGAUCUAUUGUUGAUGCAAGUUCACAUCCACUGUCAAUUAUCCUUGUUGGAGUUGGAGAUGGACCUUGGGAUGACAUGAGGAAAUUCGAUGACAAACUCCCAGCUCGCGAAUUCGAUAACUUUCAGUUUGUUAAUUUCACCGAUAUCAUGUCUAAAAAUAAAAGUCUUGAGGAGAAAGAAACAGCAUUUGCUCUAGCAGCCCUCAUGGAAGUCCCUUUCCAAUAUAAAGCAGCGUUUGAGUUUGGUAUACUUGGACGAGUGACAGGAAAGGCGAAAAAGGUUACUCCACGCCCUCCACCGGUUCCUUAUUCGCGUCCUUCACUGCCAAGAGAACCAAGCUCCUUACCGUCAGACUCGGGAGAUGAACGAAAUCAGAUGGCAUGCCCCAUUUGCUUGACUAAUGGGAAAGAUUUGGCAUUUGACUGUGGACACAUGACCUGUAGAGACUGUGGCUCAAGAGUGGCUCAAUGUCCUAUCUGCCGCAAACCGAUAAACCAUCGACUCAGGGUGUAUACUGGAUAGCCAGUGGAUGUAAGUUGUAAAUUUCAGACCCCAGUUGACAGUUUGGAUUUGUUUUAUGACUAAUAUUUGUGUGACAGUAUGUUUGUAUGUACAUUCCUAGACUUGUGUAACACACAUCAUAUAUACAUGUAUGUAUGUAUAUGUAUGUAUAAAUUUGUUGUACUGUAUCUAUUGUUACUAUUUCUAGUGUUAUUAAGUAUUUGUUAACUAUUGUUCCAAA